GACCGAUGAUCAUCGGUCAAGCAACUAAGCUAGCUAGUUAAUUAAUUAGUGUGCACACAUAACCAUACAUAGUUAGCUAGCUGAUUUCAAGUUAAUUGAUGGCCAUUCCUCUGCUCAUCCUCGUCAAUGCCAUCAUCACCCUCGUCGUCUCCAUCGCAGUCACUCGAGGAGCAGCAGGUGGUGGCAAUGGCAUCCAGCUGAUCAUGGUGAACAACUGCGGCGAGUCGGUGUGGCCGGGCCUGCUGGGCACCGCCGGCCACCCCACGCCGCAGUCGGGCGGAUUCCACCUGGGCCCCGGCGAGGAGGCGGCGUUCGAGGUGGCGGCGGGGUGGUCGGGGCGCGUGUGGCCACGGCGGGGCUGCAAGUUCGACUCCCGCGGGCGCGGCAGCUGCGCGACGGGCGACUGCGGCGGGGUGAUGCGGUGCGGCGGUGCGGCGGGGGCGACGCCGGCGACGGUGGUGGAGAUGACGCUGGGGACGCCGGCGUCGGCGAUGCACUUCUACGACGUGAGCCUGGUAGACGGGUUCAACCUGGCGGUGGCGAUGGCGCCGGUGGGGGGAGGCGUGGGGUGCGGGACGGCGGCGUGCGGGGCGGACGUGAACGUGUGCUGCCCGUCGGCGCUGGAGGUGAGGGACAGGGAAGGGAGGGUGGCGGGGUGCAGGAGCGCGUGCAGGGCGAUGGGCGGCGACCGGUACUGCUGCACGGGGGCGUACGGGUCGCCGUCGACGUGCCGGCCGAGCAUGUUCUCCCACCUGUUCAAGGCCAUCUGCCCGCGCGCCUACAGCUACGCCUUCGACGACGCCACCAGCCUCAACCGCUGCCGCGCCAGCCGCUACCUCAUCACCUUCUGCCCCCCGCAACCUUCUUAAUUUCAUUUCUCUAUAUAUAUAUAUCAUCCACCACUCGAUCUCGAUCACAUAUAUAUGUGUAUGUAUGUAUGUAUUUACUAGAUCCUCGCUCUGAUCUCGAUCUCUUGUGUGUACAACCAAAAACAAGAUCGAUCGAGUUGCAUGCCUGCGGUUGGCCACACUCACUAUAUGUACUCCCUCCAUAUAACACCGUUGACUUUUAG